AUUUGGCUCUAAAUUGGUGUUCCAAAGGACAACAGAAUAGUUAUAUAUGUUGUAUGCGUGUAGCUUGCAAAAUGUCAUACAACAGUUUCUGUUUUUGUGUUGUUUGAUCAAGGAAGAUAUAUUUGGGCUACUAGGUACAACGGUUUCACUAUUUCCGUUGUAUGAUUGAAAAACUGAGCACCAAAUUUUGAGGAAGCUUGCUUGAAUGUCUUCUACUAGAUACACCUAGUGCAAGCUGUAGAAAUUGUACAACAGAUUUAAGCUUUUCUGUUAUGUGAACUUAGAACUAGGCGGCAACAUUUUGAGCCAAAAUGCUGUAGGAGCCUUGUUUCCCUCCAUGUUUCCACAUUUUGAUUUUAUGUCGUGCACUCCUACGACAGUGUUCUAUGAUUCUGUUGUGGGAUCAACUUGAGAAUUCAAUAAAGUUUAAUGCGUACCCUAGACCUAGCCAUAUCUUGUGCGAAAGGGAAAAAUAGAAAACAAAACCUCUCGAACCUCUCGACCUUUUCUCACUCCUUCUCCGCCUUUCUUCCCCGAUAUACCGACCCAAAACCUCUGGACCCCUCUCACUCCUCCUCCGCAUUUCUUCCUCGAUAUACCGACCCAAAUCCCCAUAUCUUCUCCUCUUUCCUCUCAAAUCCCCAAAUCUCUUCUCACCAUCCCCAUCCUCUCUCUCAAACCCUAAAGUGGCCGACAAAGGUUUGUUUACGGAAAUUGAAAGAUUCUGUGUUCUGGUACAAAGGGUUCUGGGUUUGUUAUUAGGUUUGUCAUUGGGUUUCUCAGAAAUUAGGGGUUGGGGGUUGUCUCAUCCUCUCUGCAUAUGCUUAGAUUGGGGGUUGAGAGUUGUCUCGACUUGAGAUUUAUAAUCCAAACAAGCUAUUGAAGGAAGGAAAGCUCUGGGCUCUCUCCGACGCCACAAUCGAAACCCUAAGAAGCCGAGGAUGGUGCUUCGGAGGCGACUUCGAGAAACUCUAAGCGAUGAUCCUGAUCCACUGGGCAUUCGCCGAUGAAACCCGCACGGUGGUGAAGUCAAUGAAAUCGGAGCUCCUCAACAUGGAUCUCAAAUCCGUCGGAGCCAAGUCGUUACCCAACCCGGCCACUCUUCGCAAGUCAUCUCAUCUUCUCGGUCCCAAAGCCCUUCAGGCAAAUACACCUUCAUCUGAAUUUUUUUACUUAUGCCUUUUAGCAUAAAUGUUUUGCUUAGAAAUUUAUGAUUUUUUGUUAGUUUUGAUAAGAUAACUUGGGUUACAGACAUUAUGAGUAGCAAUUAAUGUUGACGAUUUUGCAAGAAAUUCUAGUCGGCGGCUUUUGAAACUUGGUCAAAGUGAUGGACAUGGUGAGGUUCCAGCUAUAGAGUACUCGCAUAUCCCUUCGUUCUCGGACGACGUCAUUUCGGGCACUAAGGUAGUGUGUGUGGAUUCAUGCUUGGGCUUGGUUUUUAAGUACAGGCCAAAACACUCAGAGCAUUGUUUGAUUCAAUUCAUAUGGAUUUCACUUGUAGCAUGAUGAUGCAGUAAAAUUGUAAGAAUUAAGAAGGGUUAAUAGUUAGGAUGAUACCAGCGUAAGUUGGUGCGGUUGAGAAUUUUAUUAUGAAAUUUUGAAACUAUAUGUUUAUGGAUCGAGUACCAUUAUUUGCUACAGAUAACAGCUUUUUCGUACAUAUAUGUGGAGAAACUUGCAAUUAUACUUCCUCAUUUCCUAUAUACUAUGUUUGUUGGAUAUUGCUGCUGAUGUAAACCUCAAUAUGCUUUUAAGGAUAUGUUUUUAGUGUCUAAACCCUAAACCCAGUUUCUUAAGUUAUUUAGGUAAAGUAAACUGUGGGCAUAUAUCAAGUACAAAGCAUGCUGAGUUUGUCUGAGAUUCUGAAAAGUACAAAGCAUUGGGGAGCAGAAGAUGAUUCGAGAAGCCAAUGGCGACCCCAACAAGGCUAACAAGCCGUUCAUGCGCUCCUCAUCGAGCAACCCCAAUAAAUGUAUAUUUAAUUGUCUAUUAGUUAAUUGUUCUAUUUUAUUGUUAUGGUUAUGUGGUUGCCUUUUAUUUGCAGAUUGAUUUCUUCACAUAAUAAACACCCAAUGGAAACCAAGGCCACCCAGAGUUCAUCAGUUGCUUCUUCUACGACGUCGUUUGGGAGCUCGAAGAAGAUGGUGUGGGUUUGGACGGAGAGCAAGCAGGUCAUGACAGCCGCCAUGGAGAGAGGCUGGAACACCUUCCUGUUUCAGAGUCAGAAACUCGCCGUUGACUGGUCUUGUGAGCUUAUGAAAUUUGAGUACCAAAAGAAGGUCGCCUCGCUGAGCAAGCUAAAGAAAUGUAGUACUAACUCAGAAGCAUUGGAGAAAUCAAGAGCAGCAGUGAGUCAUCUGCAUAUAAGAUACAUAGUUGACAUGCAAUCCAUGGACCCAACAGUAUCAAAGAUAAACUCUUUUACUUUCAGGCUGUUGCAGGCUUUGGGAAUAUCUAGUGAAAUGUUGCCUAAAGAGUCACUAAGUGAUCAAGCAUGGAAUACCAAGCAAUGAAGCAAAAUAUAUUUUCUUUCAUCAUGUAAAUUCAACUAGCUAUGAAACUUUAUAGCAAUGACAUAAUACUUGGAUUCAAUAUUUGGUGGAUAUAUUGGAAUUUUAUUGAUGUAUCACAUUGCUUUUGGUGUAAAUAUUAAUCAUUGUUCAUU